CAUUUUUAUAUAUCAUCCAUAAAUUCUUCGACAUUUUUCUCUAUUAUACUACACAUCAAUAUUUUUAUUUUCAAACCAAACAAAUCAACUGAAAAAAUGGCAAAAUCAUAUGAGAGUGAACAUCCAAUUAAGGCAUUUGGUUGGGCAACUAGAGACACUUCUGGUGUUCUUUCUCCUUUCGAUUUUUCAAGAAGGGUGACUGGUGAAAAAGAUGUGCAAUUUAAAGUUAUGUACUGUGGAAUUUGUCAUUCUGAUCUUCAUCAGCUCAAGAAUGAAUGGGGUAAUAGCCAAUAUCCAAUGGUGCCUGGGCAUGAGGUUGUUGGUGUUGUAACUGAGGUUGGUAGCAAGGUGGAGAAAUUUAAGGUUGGUGACAAAGUAGGUGUUGGAUGUCUGGUAGGAUCAUGUCGCAAAUGUGAGAAUUGUAGCGCUGAUCUCGAGAAUUACUGUCCUCGUAACACUCCUACCUACAACGGCUAUAACUCAGACGGAACCCUGACAUUCGGAGGUUACUCCGACAUCAUGGUAUCUGAUGAGCACUUUGUUGUACGCUGGCCUGAGAACUUGUCGAUGGAUGCUGCUCCCCUGUUAUGUGCUGGAAUUACUACUUAUAGUCCUUUGAAAUAUUUUGGACUCGAUAAGCCUGGAAUGCACAUUGGUGUUGUUGGUCUUGGAGGGCUCGGACAUAUGGCUGUUAAGUUUGCUAAGGCAUUCGGAACCAAAGUCACUGUCAUUAGUACAUCCGCUAGUAAGAAACAAGAAGCAAUGGAGCGUUUGGGCGCAGACUCUUUCUUGAUCAGUCGCGAUCCUGAGCAGAUGAAGACGGCAAUGAACUCAUUGGAUGGGAUCAUUGACACUGUUUCCGCAGAUCACCCUAUUCUUCCAUUGAUUAUGUUAUUGAAAUCUCAUGGUAAGCUUGUUAUGGUUGGUGCACCAGAAAAACCGGUGGAGUUGGCCGUGUUUCCUCUACUUAUGGGAAGGAAACUAGUGGCUGGAAGCGCCAUAGGAGGGAUGAAAGAGACACAAGAGAUGGUAGAUUUCUCAGCAAAGCAUAACAUAACUCCAGAUAUUGAAAUCGUGCCAAUGGACUACGUGAAUACAGCGUUGGAGCGCCUUUUGAAAUCGGACGUGAAGUAUCGUUUCGUGCUCGACAUUGGCAAUACAUUGAACAAGAAAUGAGAAUUAGUUGUCUAAGAGACGUUCAAGAACUUGUUGCAAAUCCACCUGCACCCCACCCCCACCGGCCGAUGUUUGACAUUGCCGGAGCAAAAUUAGUAGUAGAAGUUCAAAGGGCAUUUCGAUAAAAUUAGUCUCCACUAGCCGAUGUUUAGAUAUUGUAGAAGUCGAAAAAAAAGGUCUCAAUAAAAUUACUGCUCUAAAGUUAAAUUUUUAUGCGAGGUCUUAAAAGUUACAAAUAUGUAAAAGAAACAAUUAGUGUGUGUUUUUUUCUCUUCAUAGUUGUUGUUUUUAAUGUAGUGGGACGUAUUAAAGCUUUCACUAUGUGUAGGGGACGGAAAAGGGGUUAACUACAAGAGUCUAUUGUACACAGUCUUAUCUUGAAUUUCUAUCAAAAGUUAUUUUAAAGGCUUGAAUCCGUAACCUCUUGAUCGCA